CUCUCUCUCUCUCUCUCUCUCUCUCUCUCUCUCUCACACACACACACACACAAUGGCUCACCUCUUCAGAGAAUUAUCUCUGGGCCAGUCCAAGAGAGAGACCACUCCGCCGCCGGAGACUUCCCGAUCACCGUCGAUGGCCUCCGAUCUGCCUCCGUCUCCGCUCGGCCAGCUCGCCGCCCAGCUAUCGGAUUCCGAUCUCCGCCUCACCGCCUACGAGAUCUUCGUUGCCGCAUGCCGCACCUCCUCUGGCAAGCCUCUGUCAUCCGCCGCCGCUUCCGUCACCGCCAAUCCCGACUCGCCGAGUGGCACAUCCCCGAAUCUCCAGCGGUCGCUGACGUCAGCCGCCGCGAGCAAGAUGAAGAAGGCGCUUGGGUUGAAGUCGUCUUCUUCUCUCUCGCCUGGAUCUAAGAAUAGUCCUGGUUCCGGAUCGGGUUUUGGUUCCGGUUCCAAGGGGAAGCGCCCGGCAACUGUCGGCGAGCUCAUGCGGAUCCAAAUGCGGGUGUCGGAGAACGUCGAUUCGCGCGUGCGCCGGGCUCUUCUGAGGAUCGCUGCAAGUCAGGUUGGAAGGAAGGUGGAGUCAGUGGUUCUUCCCAUGGAACUGUUACAGCAGUUGAAAUUUUCUGAUUUUACGGAUCAGCAAGAAUAUGAUGCAUGGCAGAAGAGAUCGUUGAAGGUUCUCGAAGCAGGUCUUCUCUUGCAUCCUCGUGUGCCCCUCGAUAAGGCUAACACUUCUUCUCAGCGACUGCGGCAGAUAAUUCACGGGGCUUUAGACAGGCCUAUGGAGACUGGACGGAACAAUGAACAAAUGCAAGUGCUUCGAUCAUCUGUCAUGUCUCUUGCCAUGAGAUCUGAUGGGUCUUUCUCUGAGUCCUGCCACUGGGCUGAUGGCUCUCCGUUCAAUCUCAGGCUAUAUGAAAUGCUUUUAGAAGCAUGCUUUGAUUCUAAUGAUGAAACAUCAAUGAUUGAGGAAGUUGAUGAACUUAUGGAAAACAUAAAGAAGACAUGGGUGAUUCUCGGAAUGAACCAGAUGCUUCAUAACCUUUGCUUUACAUGGGUUUUGUUUAGCCGGUUCGUUACUACCGGCCAAGUUGAAAUGGACCUGCUUUAUGCUUGUGAGUCUCAGCUAUCUGAAGUAGCAAAAGAUGCAAAGACAACAAAGGAUCCCGAAUACUCUCGAGUUCUAAGUACUACAUUGAGUGCAAUACUGGGUUGGGCAGAGAAAAGGCUUCUUGCAUACCAUGACACAUUUGACAGUGGUAACAUUUAUACAAUGGAGGGCAUCCUUUCUCUGGGUAUUUCAGCUGCAAAGGUAUUAGUUGAAGAUAUUUCUAACGAGUACCGUAGGAGGAGGAAAGGAGAAGUUGAUGUAACUCGUACCAGGAUUGAGACAUACAUCAGGUCGUCACUACGAACUGCAUUUGCUCAGAGAAUGGAGAAAGCAGACUCCAGCAGGAGAGCAUCCAAAGGCCAGCAUAAUCCUCUUCCUGUUCUUGCUAUCCUUGCUAAAGACAUUGGCGAGCUUGCAAUUCAUGAAAAACGGGUGUUCAGUCCAAUACUGAAGAGAUGGCAUCCUUUUGCCGCUGGUGUGGCCGUGGCCACCCUCCAUGUUUGUUAUGGAAACGAGAUAAAACAGUUCAUAUCCGGUAUAUCUGAUUUGACACCUGAUGCUGUCCAAAUACUAAGAGCUGCAGAUAAGCUGGAGAAGGAUCUCGUUCAAAUUGCAGUUGAGGAUUCUGUUGACAGUGAUGAUGGCGGCAAAGCAAUUAUUCGUGAGAUGCCGCCCUAUGAAGCUGAGGCUGCUAUUGCCAAUUUGGUUAAGGACUGGAUCAAGGUGAGAAUAGACAGACUGAAGGAAUGGGUUGACAGGAAUUUGCAGCAGGAGGUCUGGAAUCCAACAGAGAACCAAGGAUAUGCACCAUCUGCUGGUGAGGUACUGAGGAUCACCGAUGAAACCCUGGAUGCGUUUUUCCAGCUUCCCAUACCCAUGCACCCGACCGUAUUACCCGAUUUGAUCGUUGGUCUAGACAAAUAUCUUCAGUAUUAUGUCACGAAAGCGAAAUCUGGUUGCGGUUCUCGGAAUACAUACAUGCCCACGAUGCCUGCUCUGACCCGAUGUACAACAGGAUCGAAGUUCUUUAAGAAAAAGGACAAAUCACCUCCAUCUCAUAAGAGAAAUUCGCAGAUCGCAACGGUGAGUGCAGAGAAAUCCUAUGGGGCCACCCAGAUUUGUGUUAGGAUCAACAGCUUGCACAAAAUCCGAAGCGAGCUCGAUGUUUUGGAGAAGAGAGUGAUCACUCAUUUGAGAAACUGCGAAUCAGCUCACAAAGACGACUUCUCAAACGGGUUGGGAAAGAAGUUUGAGCUCACACCGGCCGCCUGCAUCGAAGGUGUGCAACAUCUCUCCGAGGCUUUGGCUUACAAAGUCGUGUUUCACGACCUAAGCCAUGCCUUAUGGGACGGUUUAUACAUCGGAGACCCAUCGUCUUCGAGAAUCGAGCCUUUCAUCAAGGAGCUAGAGCAGAACUUGACAGUUAUAGCCGACACCGUACACGAAAGGGUCAGGACGCGCAUCAUAACGGACAUCAUGAGGGCAUCAUUUGACGGGUUCUUACUGGUUCUUCUCGCGGGAGGACCCUCGAGGGCUUUCACCCGACAAGACUCUGAAUUCAUAGAGGAAGAUUUCAAGUCUCUGAAAGACUUGUUCUGGGCGAACGGAGACGGUCUACCAUCCGACCUCAUUGACAAGUUCUCGGUCACGGCCAGAAAUGUGCUUCCCCUGUUCAGGACGGACACAGAGAGUCUGGUGGAGAGAUUCAAGAGCGUGACAACGGAGACUUACGGCUCGUCGGCAAAGUCAAGGCUCCCUCUGCCUCCGACUUCAGGUCAGUGGAACCCAACCGAACCAAACACUCUCUUACGCGUUUUAUGUUACCGCAACGAUGAAUCUGCCACGAAGUUCCUCAAGAAGACGUACAGUCUUCCCAAGAAACUCUAGUCAUGGCGCCAUCUCUAAUCUACAGUCACUGAAGAAGAUGUUGGGUUUUACUGCAUUGGCGUGUUUGGUCGGAUUCUGUGUCCUGAAGGGACAGAAGUCAGAGAGAAGCAUCAUCUUUGAUCUGUAUAGAAAGCAAGAGUUGUUCUUUUGAGGCUCAUCAUAUAUACAUAUUAUAUAGAGGUGCUAUUAUAUAUUCUUUUAUAUGAUUUGUUAUUUGUUUGGAGAAUACAAGGAUAAAUCACUUGUUCGUUGUUCUUUUCAAAGCUUGAUAUGCUUGUUGAUUUUCUA